UGAUGAAGUGGCAACGAUGGAGGCGAGUCAGGAACAAGCAGCGAAUUCAAUCCUGCAAGAUGAGUGCUAUGGUGAUUUCCUGAAAGAGGAUUUCGAUGUGAAAACAUACACAGCUCAGGCCAUUCAUCAUGCAAUCAUCGCAGAGCAGUUGGCAAAGCUGGCAGAGGGCAUCAGUCAGCUGGAUAAAGAGCUGCACUGUCAGGUAGUGGCCAGACAUGAAGAUCUACUGGCUCAGGCAACAGGGAUUGAGUCUCUUGAAGGUGUCUUACAAAUGAUGCAGACUAGAAUUGCAGCUCUGCAGAGUGCUGUAGACAGGAUAAGGACCAAAAUAGUUGACCCUUACAAUAAGAUUGUGGCACGGACAUCCCAGCUCGCCCGCUUACAGGUGGCAUGUGACUUGCUGAGAAGGAUCAUUCGAAUCUUGUACCUGAGCAAACGAUUACAGGGGCAACUGCAGGGGGGCAGUAGAGAGAUCACCAAAGCUGCCCAGAGUCUCAAUGAGUUGGAUUACUUAUCCCAAGGUGUGGAUCUGUCUGGUAUUGAUGUCAUAGAGAAUGACUUGCUGUUUAUCAGUCGAGCGCGUUUGGAGGUGGAGAACCAAGCCAAACGGUUACUGGAACAGGGCAUGGAAAUUCAGAAUCCAUCUCAGGUGGGAACGGCCCUACAGGUUUUCUACAACCUCGGCAGUCUGAGGGAGACCAUCAGAAAUGUGGUGGAUGGAUACAGGGCGUCUGUGCAGGAGAAUGUUAUCAAUGCCCUGGAUAUUAAAGUCCUCACUCAACCAGCCAACACCAGAGGUGCUCCCGGCAGAGCUGUCAUGCCCACUCCCGGAAACACAGCCGCGUUUCGUGCUGCUCUCUGGACAAAUUUAGAGAAGCUUAUGGACCAGAUAUGUGCCGCUUGUGGUCAGGUGCAACACCUGCAAAAGGUUUUAACUAAAAAGAGAGACCCUGUGACCCAUGUGUGCUUUAUUGACGACAUCAUCAAGGAUGGACAGCCUGACAUCUUGCACACCUUUUGGAGUUCAGUCACUCAGACGCUCUCCGAGGAGCUUCAGAAAGCCACAGCCGCGUCGACCUUCCUCAAGCAGGCUCUGGAGGGCGAGUAUCCCAAACUCCUGAGGCUUUACAAUGAGCUGUGGAAGCGUCUGCAGCAAUACAGUGCAAGUAUACAGGGGGUGCUAGUGAGCAGUGCUGCAGGUAUGGACAUGGAGCUGUCAACGUCAGAACAUGAUACUGAAGAUCUGUUCACCCGCACUAAACCAGACUAUGAUCCAGAGAAGGAUCUGAAGUGCUCACUGCAACCAUACGAAGCCGCUUACCUGUCCAAGUCCCUCUCUCGUCUCUUUGACCCCAUCAACCUGGUGUUUCCUCAGGGAGGGCGAAAUCCACCAUCCAACGAUGAGCUGGACAGCAUCAUAAAGACCAUAGCCAGCGAGCUGAACGUUGCAUCAGUGGACCCGGACCUGACGGUCGCAGUUGGCAAGAACGCAGCCAAGACGGUGCAGCUCUUCUGCGUCAAAUCGGAGCAAUUGCUGUGUACGCAGGGUGAUGCCAGUCAAGUGAUCGGACCCCUGACAGAAGGCCAGAGGAGGAACAUCGCCGUUGUAAACUCUCUUUUCCGCUUACAGCAAGCUGUUGCUAAAGUCAUUUCUGGGAUGGGCUCCGUCCCGCCGGCAGCAGAACAAGCCCUCGCCGCAUCUUUAGAGUCGGUUCAAGCUCUGAUGACUGCUGCCGUUCAGCCGCUUCUCAGCUCCGUCACAGAUUCUGUUGAAGCAAUACUCAUCACAAUGCACCAGGAGGAUUUCUCCAGUCCUCUCCCUGCGGGCGGUCGCCCAGACGUGCCGUGUUCUCUGUACAUGCGUGAGCUGCAGGGCUUCAUCACACGCGUGAUGAACGAUUAUUUCCGCCCUCUUCAGUGUCUGGACUUCCUGUACGACAGCACGGAGGACAUCGCCCAGCGCGCCAUCAUCCUCUUCAUCCGUCACGCCUCACUCCUGCGGCCGCUCGGGGAAGGAGGCAAGAUGAGGUUGGCGGCCGACUUUGCUCAGAUGGAGUUGGCCGUGGCUCCUCUUUGCAGGCGGGUGUCAGAUCUGGGGAAGGCGUACCGUGUGCUAAGAUCUUUCAGACCCCUGCUGUUCCAGACGAGCGAACACAUCGCUAGCAGUCAGACGCUGGGAGAUUUGAUCCCAUACAGCACCAUAUUGCAUUUCCUAUUCACCCGUGCACCCGCCGAACUCAAAUCCCCACACCAGAGAGCGGAGUGGUCAAUCUCACGUUAUUCUCAGUGGUUGGAUGACCACCCAUCAGAGAAGGACCGUCUGACGCUCAUCAGGGGUGCACUGGAGGCGUACGUGCAGUCGGUUCGAACCCGACAGGGGAAGGAGUUUGCUCCGGUCUAUCCCAUCAUGCUACAGCUUCUGCAGAAGGCCACCAGCGCAUUAUAGGACUUUUAUACAAUACAAUACACACUCAUCUUCACCAAAACAAUUAUGAAUUAUUCAGAUUAUUUUCUUAGUCAUAAAUGAAUGUUGUUCACGGAUGUGUUUUUUAUGGGUUGUUUGGUUAUUAUUGACACUAGUAUGGCUUUCAUAAGGAUUUCUUUCUUCAUAAUAUAUCUAUAGAUUUUCUUUCUUUUUUUUUCUUUAGUGCUAAACCAAAAUAAUCAUAUCAUGAUGUAAAUGUUGAUUAAAAAUGUGAUAAUCCUUUAUUUAAGAUGUGAGGUGUUAUUAUGUUGAGCUUUCGGUAUAGAUUUUGGAGGUAUACUACUGUAUAUUGGCCCUUGUAGAGAAAUGAAUGAAAUAACUACUUAAAUCACUAGAUUUCAUAAUAUUUUUUUACUUUAAUUUCUGGGAGCAUAAAUAUUGAUUAGUGUCUGAUUAAUUAGGAUUUAAAAAUCACUCCUAAGGAUAUAAUGGAGAUAAGGCAGACCCCUUCACCAUAAAAAAAGUCUUGACACAGCCGCGGUGUAUGAAUGUCAUUUCAUUACAUAACAAUAGCAAAUUAAUUCAUUAAUAGCAAUUUCUAGCUGCCAAAUGUUCACAUUCUCUAAAAAUCGCCAGCAAGUCUUAGCAAAAAUUGUCUCCGUUAAUAUUGGGUGGAGUGAUGGUUGAUGUAGAAGUGUCUUUAUAUUCAGCUCAGGUUCUAGCUGAGGUUCCUGUUCAUCUCCUUGAAACUCAAACUCGUGCUGUCUCCACCUGAACCACCAGAGACGUUCAGAUGAUCUUCAGAGACAUGACACACUUGUUUCAUCUGUCUCCAGCGAGCACAACUUUCACACUGACUUUUCCCUGAAUUGGCACUGAAUUCUUGUAUGUGUUGUGUACAAACUGCCAGUUACUGUGCUUCUCUCUCUCUUUCUCUCACUGUCACACACUCUCUCAUUUUUGCAUAAUUAUGUAAAUGUGAUUCAUCCAUUAUUACUAACUGUUCCUUGAACAAUUAUGCAUUUGAAUGAGUUUUGUUUAUGCAUCUAGGAGAGGCAGUUACUCUAAAAAAUUUCACGCUGUCUUAGUCAGCAGGGUCUAUCUGUACUUGUCUGCAUAACUAAUCUGGACAUACAAAUAACUAUAAAUGAAUUAUAAUGUAUUACAUGCACCCUAAAAAUUCUGAUAUUUAAGAAUAUGAAGUUAAGAUCAAAGAGAUACAUUCGCCUCCAACAAAACUUUGGGCAGAAGUAUUGUGUAAACAAAUGAGCAGAAUAUAUUUGAGACUUUUUUUCUUUUAACAAACUGAUGUCAAGGUCUUUAUUUAAACUGAUCCCUGUUUUUACCUUUAAUUAAUGUAUAAUAUGGUCAGUGUAUGUCUGGACAGAUAAGAAAAAGAUAAAGUUAAGAUACGCAAGUAAAAACAUCCCUAAAGGUCCUAUCAUCUGGUUUCAAAUCUCAAUUCUAUUGAAUGUAAGAGGAUACGGCCCUAAAAUAUGGCAAAUAUAAAUGAAAACAAGAAGCUUUAAAGUAUUGUUGUAUUGUUACAAUGAUCUAAUAAUUGUGAACUCCUACAGUGUAAACAAAAUGCAGCAUUUUUGUCAAAUCAAUUUUUUUUUUACUUUAACUUAAAAAAUUCAGUUAAACCUCACUUAUCCUA